GACUGGGGUGUGUACUACGUCACAUCCGGCCGACGGCGGUAGCGGGAAACAAAAGGAGCCGAAGAACGCAUGCGUUUGGUGGGUCCCGGAUUCUGGCGGGUCCUUCCGCUCAGGCGGGGUGAAGCGCUUCCGGGUCGCCGCCGGCUGCCGCUUCCCGGCGCGUCCAGGAGCCAUGUCCACCUUGUUCCCUUCCCUCUUCCCUCGUGUGACUGAGACACUGUGGUUUAAUCUGGAUCGACCCUGUGUGGAGGAGACAGAGCUGCAGCAGCAGGAACAGCAGCAUCAGGCGUGGCUCCAAAGCAUUGCAGAGAAAGACAACAAUCUGGUACCUAUCGGCAAGCCAGCCUCAGAGCACUAUGAUGAUGAGGAAGAAGAAGAUGAUGAAGACGAUGAGGACAGUGAAGAAGACUCAGAGGAUGAUGAGGACAUGCAGGACAUGGACGAGAUGAAUGACUACAACGAGUCACCUGAUGAUGGAGAGGUCAAUGAGGUAGGCAGCCUCCUCUCCAGGUGGACAUGGAAGGCAACGAACAGGAUCAGGACCAGUGGAUGAUCUAGGUAGACAAGGCAGGGUGGCCUCAGGGAGAUUCCAGGCCAACCCAACCUACCUUGCACCCCCAAUGCCCAGCCCCAAGGCCCCAGCCUGCAGAACCAGCUAAUGGCCCAGUGCCUGAGAGCUCAUCCUGGGCACUUCCUCAGCUGCUGCCCGGACCUGGUCUCCUUGGCUCUCCCAGGCCAUGAGUCUGCUCUUGAAUCCCCAGGGCCUGAGCCCACCCUACCUUCUUGGCCAGUACUUUACCCUUUGGCUACCAGGUCUGGUCUCUAUCUAACCCUCUUUAAUAAAGACACAGGACUGAUUUUUUUUCCCCUCA